GUCCGCCGGCUCUCCGUCUCUCCUCUCUCAUUAGGCAAAAAGGUCGGAUUUCAUUUACAGGCUCCUGAUUUACAGGUUGCCAGUUUCCAACGGCUUUUUCUUUGAAGGAUUCUCUAUAAAGGAGAGACGCAUCUCCUCUCUCCACCGGCUCUCUCUCUCUCUCUCCUCCCAACAGUAGCUGAUCUCGGUACCCGUCCCCUUUCCGGCGAGGCAACGUCUCUCUACUGGCGAGGCUUCAAGUGGCUGGUUGGUAAAAGCUACAAAUGGAAGCGAAAUUCUUUCGGUUUCUCAAAAUUGUGGGAGUUGGGUUCAAAGCAAGAGCUGAAGCAGAAGGCCGCAUGCUGUAUCUGAAAUUGGGUUACAGUCAUGAGGUUGAACUAACCGUCCCACCAGCUGUCCGUGUGUUUUGUUUUAAACCCAACAUAGUCUGCUGUACUGGUAUAGAUCUGCAAAGGGUGACUCAGUUUGCUGCCGCUGUCCGUAUUUGUAAACCCCCUGAAGUUUACAAAGGCAAGGGUAUAAUGUACAUCGAUGAAGUCAUCAAGAAGAAACAAGGAAAGAAGUCCAAAUAAUGCAUAGGCAGAAGGAGAAGACGGAUCUCCAAAGGCCGACUCUUAAAUAUCUACAGUCUGCACUGGGGGCCAAUUUGUUUCAUCUUUUUUUUUUUUUUUACCCUUUUCUGGGAAGAGGUCAUGUUGCAAUAGAGCUUAGCUGAGGUUUGAACUCUUGAUCUCAAGAGGUACAAGGUUGAGGUCAUCUUUGCCAGAUUUCUUGAAUCAUUUGAGGAAGUAGGUUGGAAUGAAGCUUUUCACAGCUCACUGAUCAUCUCCAUACAGGCUGUUAUUCUCAUCGCAGGUGCUGCAAAACCAGUUUGUUGAUACAAGCCAUGUGGGAGAGAAAAAUAAGGACUAUUGUCUACCGGUCGGUUACAUUUUUAGUUGAUGAUGCUCAAUUUUCAAAGUCAUUAAAAAGGGUUGAUAUGGAUGUGGCUGGAGCAGCGGCAAUGUACAUUCCAGUUUUACCAUUGAUUUAUAUUUUUCACAAGAGCUUGUGAGGAACACAACAAAGGCCAGCAUGUAUCUGUUAGAACUUUACCCAGUGUAGGAAUUCUUGCUUAGUCACAAAA